CCGUGUGAUUUCGCCGUAGCUGCAUCCCAGUGGAGAGAGAGUGAAGCGUGCUAUCGAUAUCUGUUGUGUGAAGAAGAAAGAAGAGUCUGUCCGAGGAGAUGAGUUCCCCGCAGCACCGCAACGAGCCGCCGACAGGUGAGAUGAGAAGUUGACAGAUGAGGCCAACACCAGCCAGCAGUGCACCCAUGACGCACCAGCCACUGAUCAGCCGAGGCUGAGCUUCGUAGAUCAGAUCAUGAGCUUAGUUCGGCGAGGCACACAAGCAGGCAGGCAGACAGACAGUUGCUCCAUGGCUGGAUGGCUGAGUGCGUGUUGGCGUGCUGAACUGCUGCAUCGGGAUGUCUCGCAAAUCGCUUGUCGUUUUGCCGUGUUUGUGUUUGUGUUGUGUUGUGUGUGUCCUGUCUGUCAGAGGUGCAAGAGCUCCUCAACUUCAUCAGGUGAGGAAGGAAGGACACCGACCGCAGUGAGGUCACUGCCUUCACACGGCUGUCUAUGUGUAUGUGGGUGUGUGCUUCAUUCAGUCAAACAGCAGGUGUGUCGGCUCAGAAUGGCCCUGGCGCUGCUGUCCCUCCUCCUGCUGAACCACCACCGCCUCCUACAGGCCAAGGUGAGGGACAUGGAUAUGGCCACUGUGCAAGCAGCAAAUCGGCACCAACGGCACUCGCGUGUGUGUGUGAUGCGAUCGAUGUCUGCACGUGUCUGUCUGUCCCUCAGUGAAUGGCAUGGAUGGGUCUGGGAGUGCAGCCGCUGCCGCAUCCGCUGCUGCUGACGCUGGUGGAGGCACUGCUGAGGAGGAAGAGGGUAGGCAUCGCAUCCCACGCAACGCAGCACGGGGCAGCACAGCAGCACCUGGUCCACCCACGAUCUCUGUCCGUCCCUCUGUCUGUCGUAUGUCUGUCGUCUUCAGCGGCACCUGCGCCCAGACACCAGAAGCUCAUCGAAAUCGGGUGAGCGAGCAUCGCAUCCACACACGCGCACACACGACACGAACAUGGCAUGUGUGUGUAUGUGUGUGUGUGUGUGGUGUGUGUGUGUGUUCCUUCAGGGCUACCGUUGAGGUGCAGCAGGUGGACCCCAACGACCCCCUCAACGCCGCACAGAGCUGGGAAGACCUCAACCUGUACGCACGCAAUAACUCACUCACAGGCACACAACCAUAUGCCAUAGCUGGACUGGACAGACAGACAGACUGCCGGAGAUUAUAUUUGCGUGUGCGUGCGUGUGCGGGUGCCGACCCGACUCUGUGUGUGUCUGCUUAGUCCUGAUCCCAUUAUGAAGGGCAUCUACGCCAAGGGCUUCGCGCACCCCAGCAGAAUUCAGGUACGUACCUACACACCCACCGAUUCGCCUCGUUCCGCGCGCCACAGUCACAGAUAGAUGUCCUCUUGUCGGUCGGUGCUCAUCGUUCGUUGUCUGUGUGCAGGGGAGCGCCCUCCCUCUGCUCAUUCAGCGCAGGUGAGACAGACGACCAGCACAACAGCAAGCACCCACCCACAUAAGACAGACACUGUCGACCCGACCCAUCGCGUGUGUCUGUGUGGUCUGUGUGCAGGCAGAACUGCAUCGCGCAGGCGCAGAACGGUUCGGGCAAGACGGCCACGUUUGCGCUGGCGAUGCUGAGCCUGGUCAACCCCACACAGAGGGUGCCCCAGGCGCUCUGCCUCGGACCCACACGAGAACUCGCCAAACAAAAUGCCGCUGUCGUCGAGGAACUCGGUGAGUGACCACAGGCCCCCGUGGGUAUGUCGGCAUACUGCAUGUCUGUGUCUGCGGAUGUCAGGCAAGUUCACGGGCGUGAGGGUGAACCUGAUCGUGCCGCAGGCCAAUCGUGAGCAAAUGAGAGAGAGGAGAGGGGAUGGAUGCAUGGAUGGAUGGAGGGUAUCUAUCGGGAAUGCGCUGUUAUGCCUCUCUCUGUGUGUGAUGUUCUGAUGUUAUUGUUAUGCCUUGUUUGUUGUGUCAGUGUCGGUGCUCGAUGGCCAGAUCAUCGUGGGCACGCCGGGCAAGGUCAGCACAUAUAAAGAAGGGAGGGAGCCACACACACCGACGACACAUAGACAUCAUUCACGUCCCUCGUCCCCCGCCUCUGUCCAUCAGGUUCAGGAGCAGCUGCGCAAGAGGCGACUCAGACACGAUGUGUGUGACCAUGGCUGAGGGAGGAUACUGCGCCCGUCCACACAUCCAAAUGUCGUGUGUGUGUGUGUGCGUGUGUUACAGAACAUCCGCAUCUUCGUUUUGGACGAGGCCGACGUCAUGAUUGACAAGAACAACAAUAUGGGGCCACAAGUGCACGACAUCAGACGGUACGCACGGACACACCACACACCACGCCGUGCCUCGCCAUUUUUCUCACUCCAUCGCCCUCCGUCCCGUCUGUGUUGUGUGAGCAGGUUUCUGAAGAACCCCAACUUCCCUCUGCAGACGCUGCUGUUCUCCGCGACGUUUGACGAUGACGUCAAGAACUUCGCCAUGCAGCUGGUCCCUAACGCCAAUAUCAUCACAGUCAGGAAGGAGGACCUCACUCUCAAGAACGUCAACCAGGUGUGUGUGUUGUGUGUUGUGUGUUGGAGGUGGGUGGAGAGAGAGGUCAACCAACACGUGACGGACGGUGUGUGGUGUGUGUGGUCACUCAGUUUUACAUGGACUGCACGGACGACAAUGACAAGAAGUUGAUGCUGCUGGAGCUCUACUCGGUCCUCAACAUCGGACAGUCCAUCAUAUUCGUCAACAGCAAGUAACUACAGGCAGCACACCCAGAAUGCCAUGCCAUGGAUUGAUGGGCCCUGUAAAUCGUGGGUCUAUGUGUGUAAUCCCGCAGGCAGAAGGCCUUCGAGCUGGCGUCUCACAUGAAGGAAUAUGGGUCAGCCUGCACUGCACUGCACACACAAUCGGCAUGCACUCACACAUCAAUCACAUCACAUCACACACACCCCUCCCUCCCUGUGUCUGUCUGUUGUGGCUAUGUAUGGUUGAUGCAGUCACGCUGUGUCUCUGAUCACGGGCACCCAGAAGCAGUCUGGCGACUUCCAGAUGGACGUGCAGGAGAGAGACCGCGUCAUGGAGGAGUUCAGAUCAGCAAAGACCAAAGUGCUCGUCUCCACUGACGUCCUCGCCAGAGGCAUCGACGUCCCACAGGUGCCUACCUGCCUACCUGCCUGCCUGCCUGCCUGCCUGCCUGCCGCCCUCCUGUUGUCCGCGCAUUCGUCGAUCAACGAAUGCGAUGUAUGUGCACCCACUGUGCGUCAUCCAUCUGUCAGGUGACCAUGGUUGUGAAUUUCGACAUUCCGCUGGACCGUCGCCAGUCGGCGGGGUGGUCGGGGCAGUACCAGGGCGGCGAGGGGCUGGUGGAAUUCGUAAGCACACAUCGACAGACAAACGAUAAUGAAUGAGAGUUGCCAGGGGAGGGAGCCUGCCUGUUCAUCUCCCUGUGUGUGUGUGUGUGUGUGGUGCGGGUGGGUGGUUUGUUGCGUAUUUAUUGUGUGCAGGCGACGUAUCUGCAUCGCAUUGGCCGGACGGGUCGUUUUGGUCUCAAGGGGAUCGCCAUCAACCUCAUCACGCCCGAGACCAUGCCGCUCAUGGAACAGAUUCGCACCUACUACGCGUAAGACGGACACACCGCACCGCUGAUGGAUGGAUGGAUGGAACACACACGCACGCGGGCGGCGCGUCGUGGUGAUCGGUGCGUGUGUGUGUGUGUGUGUGUGUGUGUCAGGUGUGAGGUGCACAAGCUGGAGCGUGACAUCGAGUUGAUCGAGCAGAAGGUCAGAAGCCUCAGAGACGACCUCAGAAAGACCUAACCGACAGCGGGGAGUGGCGUACGUGGUGGGGCAGUGGGUGGGCGCCAUGUCUGAAGCUGGGACGAGAUGGCUGGAGAGAGAAGAGAUCUGAGGGGGGUAGUGCGGUGCGCGGCGUGCGUGUGGAGUUGUAAAGGUCCGGUAUGUCCAUUGCAAUGCAUACACACCUGCAUGACAGACACGACACACAUGGGUGGGUGGGAUGCGUGACUGACUGACUGACUGACGUACUUACUGCUACAGAUCUUGAUUGGAUGGGUACAUGGUCUCUGCUUUACUCUAUGAAUUGCGAGAGAGAGG